UUUGCAAAAUGAAUCUAAGUGAUCUCCUCUACCCUGGGAACUCACGUAGACGUCAAGAUGUGAUCAAACUGCACCAGGAACUGCUUGAUGGAAUGCGACUUGAUUUUGAGGCUACCAAUGACCUGAUUGGAACACUGAACGAACAUUUGGGAGCCAAGAUGAUGGCCAUUAAAAUGAAGGAAUGUGGUACCGUUAAAGAAAACUGUGACAUUAUCAUCCAAGCCAUGAAUAUUAUUCAGCAAGAGAUACAGAAGUUUGAUAAAGAAAUAAAGGAAAGUUUAGAACCAGGGAUGUACCAAAAGCUUUAUGAUAUCAAACAGCCUGAGCUAGAGAAAAUUGCAGUUGUUCAGAGGAUUGUCUCCAUUAUACUUGGGGAGGCUACAGCAUCUGCAGGUGCAAUUAUCAUGAAAUUAAUCUGUUCAAACGUUGUAAUCAUUGCUGUUAACAAGCUAGUGGCUCUGCUUGCUCAGAUUGGGGUAUCUGUUCUUGGGGGCAUUGCCCUUAGUGUUCUUGGUCUGGGUAUUGACAUCAUUCUUCAUGCCAUCCUUGGGGCGGUGGAAAAGGAGCAUCUUCUAGCAUCCAUUCAAAGUUAUGAGCAGCAUUUAGCUGAAUUCAGAGACGCCUCUGAGACCUAUCGGUGUGCCAUUGCUGAAGUAAAUGCAUUGGUGAAGGACAAAACUAAAUUAACGGAAUUCGGAAAUGUUCCUACCCAUCAGUGA